AAAAAAGGGAGAAAUUAGAAAGGAAAAAAAGGCGGCAAAGUUAGGGAAGGGUUUAUUUAUUCUCUCUUUCUCUCAUUUUAACAUCAAUGAAAUAUUUGAUUUAGUUACGAAAUAGACAAAAAGAAAGAGAAAGGGAAAGGGGGAGGGAAAGGAGAGUGAGAAAAAUACAGGAAGUCAGAGGGAAUAAUUAAAAAGAGGUUAAUUAGGUUACGGAAAUUCUAGAGGAUUAAAAAAGAGUGAAAUAAGAAAAUGGGCAAGAGAUGAAUAUGAUCUGUAUGCAAAUAGAAGGUAUUAGAAAAAGUAGAUAUAAGGUUGGUAGUGGUGGUGUCGGUGCACGAACAGAUAGAAGCCAUUGUUCGGUUAACUGAUAUGAUAUAUUCGCAUGACUGAUUUUCUACAAUAAGUCUUAUCCUUCUCUCUCUUUUUCACCGUUUGGCGCAGGUGCACGCGCAUACUUUUGGUGCAACAUCCAGCUGUUGCCAAGAUUCGGAUAAGGAACGUGAGCUGGAUCUUCUUAUCAUCUGCUCUUUUUUUAAACUUAGUUUGCUGCUGUGCCCUGUUUUCUCUAUCUUAUCAGCAAAUUAACCUUUCGCCGCAAAAUAUGAAAGUUAAAGGAGAACAAGAGAGAACAGUAAUCGGUUUAAAAGAAGCUAUAAACUUGCUUUGUAAAACCAGUUUGGAAUUUUCAAGUGAACUCUCCAUACAAGGCCUUCUCGCUAUAACUAUAGAUAAGAAUGAGGUUUUACUAGUUGAUAUAAAAGAUGUAAUAGAGGCUGCUCCAGACGAACGAAUAACGUCUUCGUCCGAUGUCGAAAAAUAUCAAUGCAGAUCUGAUGGAACUAUAGUCAUUCAGCCAGAGCUUAAUGAGGAAGACUGUCGAAGGAAUUGGGACGAAGACCAAGAAUUCUCAUCUGAUUCCGAUCAGUCGGAUAAAUUAGUGAUGGACCUCAGAAGGCAGGAAGAAGAGGAGAGAAAGAGUCCAAAAAUUGGAAGAGUAAAACAUAGUAUGCUAAGAAAAUCUCAACAACCUAGAAGGAACAACAAAGUAAAUAUUGACAAAUUUGCCGAAGAUGUCAUGCAAAAACGUAUUGAGGAAGAAAAUACUUCAUUAUUAAAAGUACCACAAGUAGCAGUUCCCGAUACGGUUUCUUCAACAUUCCCUCAACCAGUACCUAGUUUGCCUCCAUCAGUAUCUGCUAUACAAAAUAUUGUUCUCUCAAUGAAUAUGAAUCAGAUGAAUCAGAUAAGACCUCCUCUACCGACAACAAGCCCAUUUAUUACCAAUCUUUUGGCGGCGCCGAUCAUGCCGAAAGCUAAUACCCAAGAAGUCAGUUCAGCAAUUAGGGAUAAGCUUUACAAUUCCGUUAGUAAAAGUUCAAAUUUCGGAGGAGGAGGUCAAAUUUGUAAGAAGGGGGAGCAAAGGCCUGGAAUGAGGUGCACGAACUGUAAUACGAGUAAGACUACACUGUGGAGAAGAGAUGAUGAUGGACAAACCGUUUGUAAUGCUUGUGGAUUAUACUAUAAGCUACACAGAGUUGGCAUUUUUUUCUUAUACUUACUUUUAAUUGCUUUACUAUUUUUUCUUAAUUAUUUUAUAUUCCGUGUUAUAUAGAGUUAAAUCGAAUUCUCUCUGUUUUCUAUUUCAUAUGGUUCUCUCUUUCACCGCUUAUUCUUGAUUUGUAUUCAAACAGGUAAAAAGGCCUCUGACAAUGGUCAAGGACACUAUACACUCUCGUAGAAGACGGGCCAAAGAACUGGCUAUGCGUCAGUCAGAUACAGACGGCGGUUCUCCUCAAACGAUCGAUCAGCCGAUGGAAGGAUCGGCCUUAUCUCCGCUAACACUUGCACCCAGUACGACGCAGGAAGAUUCGGAUCAGGAGUGCGUUUGACUUUUUCCGGGCGCAUUCUUCCUUUAACGAUGUUGUUGCAUUCCUACAAUUUUUACCUCUCUAGCUGUUUUUCUGCACACAUACACACAUACAUACAUAAUGUACACAUAAUGCAAACUCUCGUAAAACACUUAUAAAAAAAGACAAAGCUUGUCGUGGUUGGUAUUCACUCACUGGAUGUACCGAUAUUCUUAUUAAUCGACCAUGUGUUUUACAAGGUUGUUUUCUCAAGUUUGUUAAAAAAUCCUAAGAGUUUUGCUAGGAGAAGACACACGUCUAUAAUCCUUAAAGCCAAUUACGUAAUAAUGCCAUUAUCCUAAAAAGUCCAAAUCCCUACUUCACAUCCAAUAUGCUGAAAUCUGGCUAAACACAUUUUUGUCAUCCUUUUUGAAAGCUCAAAUUCUCCUUUAAAAGCUUUUUUUGCUGUGUUCGUUUUUUCAUCCUUAUCUCUCUCUCUUCAAAUCUUUACAUGUAUAACUAAUAAUCAUACGUAUGCAUAUGACUAUGAUAUAUAUAUAUAUAUAUGUAUGUAUAUAUGUAUAUAUGUAUACAUAUAUAUUUAUUUUUUG